AUGGCAAAGGAGGAAGUCACGGACUUAGACCAAGAUUCUAUUCUCUUAGAAGGUGCUAAUGUGAUUCCCAGACGAAGACGCGUGACGCGUGCAUGCGAUAAAUGUAGGAAGAAAAAGGUAAAGUGCGAUGGCAUGCGCCCUUGUAAAAACUGCAGACUCGGAAGAGCUGAAUGUACAUUUAAAAUGCCUUCUACUCGUAAAUCUUCGCAUUCUCCUGAAUACCUCGAAAACUUGGAGUCACGCAUCAGAUACCUGGAGAAUCUUUUAAGAAAACACUCUUCUGUAGACUUAUCAACAAGCUCUCCGAACUUUUUGAUGUUUUUGCGAGAACAAAAGUUUCAAGCAGCAAACGAAUUAGAGGUCGGAGAAAAUCAUAAACGUCUCAUGCUUCAAUCUACAAUCGAGUCAAGCGGUUUGUAUAACGACAUUAAUACAGGAAAAUGUUAUUUUCGUGGCAGUACCUCAGUUUUCGUCUUUUUGCAUGGUCUCCUCAAAAAUCUAUCCAGUAAUUUGGAGAUAAAAAAUCCUUAUGUGGCUUAUCCGUUGAGCAGCAAAAACAUACAGCCAGAUUAUUCCAUUCCGGAAUCACAAUUUUAUACCUUUUGUCCGCGUUUUAGUUUAGAUUUCCAAGUGACGAGUGUUGACCCAGGGAAGGUGCCACUUCCUCCGAUGGAAAUCGCUUUUGAGAUUGUCAAAACUGCUCUUUCGAACGUAACAGAUCUAUUUUUUUUUGACUCUUUCAGUGUUAUAAUCAAUAGAAUAAACUUGCUUUACAGAGGCGAAUACCAAACUAAUUUUUUGGCAUUCUUCUGUGCUAUGUUAUGCAACGGUUAUUACCAUUCUCUGCAAAACGAUCCAAACAAUUUAGAGACGCAAGCAAUGGCAAAAAAAUACAGCUAUUAUAGCGAACGUCUAGUUGAUUCUAUUGACAAUUACUCUCUAGACAGCGUUCAGUGCCUAAUGAUUUUAAGUAAUUACCGGUAUUGUCGUGCUGAAAUAGGGGCCGGUUAUUAUUAUCACAAGUUGGCUCUAAGCUGUUCCCUCAAACUUGGUUUACAUAGAAAUAUCAUUGUCGGUUUCACUCCUGAACAAAUAGAAGCUCGCAGGCGAGUGUUUUGGGCAUUAUAUUGUCAUGAUCGGCACUAUGCGACCCUCUUUGGGUUCCCUCUUGGAAUUUCUGAUGAAGAUAUUGAUCAAUUUUUGCCUAAAGAUAUCUCGAUUCAGUUUGUCGAAGGCUAUCAAGUGCGAGCAAAUGACUUUUUAUUUCAUGGUAUUCGACUUUACAAAAUCACUAGCGCCAUCCUUAGCAAGUUAUACUUGAUCGGAAAUAGAAUCAGUAGCAAGCGUACCGUUUCCUACUUUGUAAUUAUCGAACUAGAACAAGCCAUGGAUAGGUUCUACAACUCUCUUCCGAGAAGCUUCAAAACUGAACAGCCUGGCCAAGUUCCCGAGAAUCGUCACAUGUACAGUCUUAUGCUGACAUAUUAUUACUUUCGAAUGCUCUUGUACCGCCCUCUACUUCAUUAUUUGGAAGCUGGCAGUUCUGCGAUGCAAGCUUUAAAAGUUUCAGAACGGCAGAUCGCCUUCACCUUGGCUUGUAAAUGUUUGGAUUCGGCUAUUGUUUCCAUACAGAAUUUGAACUGUUUAACGGAUGCCUUGACGCGUAGCCACAAUCGUUACUACUGGACUACUCUGUUUUUUGGAUUUAACACCAUACUCACUCUUAUGUAUGCUACGUUAUUAACGAAAAAUAGAAAUCUACUUGUUCAAUUGACUGUUGGGCGGAAUUCAUUAAAGACAUUGGCGGAUGACUGGCUAACUCGACAACUAAUUCCUAUUUUGGAUGAGCUGCUAGCAAAACUGAAGAUGGAACUGGAACUUUCAGAACAAGAAAAACAAAAUAAGAAUCAAGUGGUUCCGGAAACUUUUCAGUCAUCAAAUAUACCUGAAUAUCAAAAAAAAUUUUCAGAAAACAAAUCACAUCCAGUACUUGAUACCUUCCAAGGAGGUAUAAGCCCUUCCGUGAAUAGCGGUAACGUUAAGUCGUUUAAUAAUACAAAUUUGGGUGAGGUACCUUACAAACAUUAUAUGGAUCCUGAUGAAGAAUUUGUUGACUUUCAUGCUCUUUCCAGUAUGUUGAAUUAUCAUACGCAUGCUAGAAAAGUUUACCAUCCAUCAUUUUACAUUACUCGAAGUGAUGCCCAUUUAGAUGAAGAGACAGGAGGAGGACCAGAGGUAUUGCUAUACGGCAAUAACAGUAUGUCUACGAACGAACACUUUCCGUUUUGGGAUAAUUUUAUUGGUGAAGAUGCUGAACAAACGCCUGAGCAAACAGAGGGAAAGGUUGAAAAUAACCAGUCUUUUCCGUCGUCAUCAACGAUGCUCGACCCAGCGAUGAUUUUAAAUCAAUUAUCUCAAAAUUCAUGA